AUAGAUCGAAUCAAAAAUGAACUCGAAACACAGUUCGAUGGAGGAGAAAGUGAAACUGCCGCCCACGGAGACAAUAAGCCGAUGCUACCAGCCGCAGCAGAGCAACCGCAAGGUCAUCCGCAUCCUGACCGUCGCCGUCUAUGUACUUUGCGUUUCGCUGGCGGCCAUCAUGCUAUCCCUGUACUACAUCUUCAUCUGGGACCCCACCAUCCGGCCCUUUGUCACCAAGGCCACGCAUUGCGAUAAAAUUGUGAUACCCGAAAAAAUAGCCAUUCGCCUCCUGAACUCAUCGGAAGUGACCGCGGAGCAGUUCUACAAGCACAUCCUCGAGCAGUACCGCAUCCUCAGCCACAUGCAGCAGCAACGCCAGCAACUGCUGCAGCGCCAACAUCUUCAACUGCAGCAACUGGAGGCAAACAAUCGCUUCCAGGAGGUCUUUGCCACGGCCACCAUCAUUCAGGCACAUCCGCAUCCCCAUCCACAUCCCAGGGAGCCGCCCAAGAAGCCGCUUUUAGGUCCAUAUAGCCCGCUACCGGCAAACAUAAGUCACACGAUGGGUGGUGAUCAGUCGGGCCUGGGCAACUUGGAUGCAGAUCAAGAGCAGGCUCAUAUGCCCCUAAUCCUGGACACCUCGCCGCCGAUCGAAGUAACCGGAAUGGGUCACCUGAAGCGGAAGACACAUCGGGGUCACUACAAACAUCAUAGAGCUCGAGCCGGUGGUCAAAAGAAACUGUCCAUUGCCAAUUCGAUUGCCAGCUCCACGCCGAGCACCACAGCCGGAGGAGAUGCGUCCUUGGCCACUGCGGCCACAUUGCCACACGGUUAUAUGGACGCACCACUGAAUCCGGCGGCAGGAACCAUUGUCCAGGCACCACAACUGCAGCUAUACACCUCGAUGCCCAUUCCCCUGAUCCUCAGUCCCAGCGAGGAGAAGCGACCCUCACAUCACGCCCACGGACAUGUCCAUGGCGAGAGGCGGAACGGGGCGCAAUCCGGCGGGCGACGAAGGACCACGACUGCCUCCGUUUCUGGCUACGAGGCGCAGACCUACCUCAAUCCGUUCCUCACCGGCGAGCUGAUCUUCGAGAAGUAAGGGACUGGACCCAAUCAGGAAACUUAAACGUCGCGGUUCAUUGUUUUUUUUUUUUUUUUGUAAUGCAUAUAGAGGAAUAUACACUACAGUCAAGAUCGGAAUUGGAGAUUAGCUCACAGAAAUGAAAAAAUGACUAACAUAUGGGCAUUACCUUGUCAUACCUAUAUCAAUGGAGAAAUAACUCAGUUAAGCUCAGUACUGGCAUAAGCAUGGAAAAGAUAUUUCAAUUAAUCAGUUCGAGUAGAUAUGUUUUCGAAAUUGAUAGAGAUAUAUUAGACAUUUCAUAUUGAAAUUUACAGGUACAAAUAUAAACUCAGUUAAUGCGUAGAAUGCGUUUGCGAUUCAACCAAAUGAACGAUUUAUAGUAAUAGCUUAGGAACAAACGUUUUAAUCGCUUAUUCUAUAAUGUAAACAAAAGCCAAAGCAAGUAGAUCGGUUGCAUAACUUAUUUCUGCUAUAGAUACAUGUAAGUCAUGACUUGUAUCAGUACUGAGCUAGAAAUUGGUCCAUAUAUAUACGUAGCCAGGCCUGGCCACAAAUAGAAGAGGUUAAUAAACGUUAUGUACUGCAAAAGGAUAGUUGAAACCGUAGCUAAACGAUAGUCGAUGUACCAACCACACUCCACACCACUUCACUCAACUAAA